CAGGGCGGGCUGUCCCCGCCCACCUUCUCUUCCUCCCCUCUUUCCCCCUAAUUCCCUCCCCUCCUUCUCUUUUUUCCCCCUUUUUUCCCCUCCUGUUUCUCCCCCUUCUUUUCCCUUCCCUUUUCUUCUCACCCCCUUCCCCUCCUUGUUUCCCCCCUUUUCUCUCCCCUUUUCCCCCCCAUCUUUUCCCCCACCCCAGCAUUCUCGUGUGAUCCAGGGUCCUUUGGAAAUGGGGUUGGAAGUGGGCACUGUGGGGCUCUCCGUGAGUUCAGCAGCAGCUGCCUGGGAAUCCUUUCUCCACUCCUUUUUGUCUCUUUCCAGCCAGUUUUGCCCCUGGAAAGGGAGGUAUUCCUGCGAAAGGGACAGUGCCCAAAUGAAAUUAGAGGCGUAGUUGUGAAAUAACACAAGAAGUAGUUAAAAAUCAUUUAAUUGGGGUAAAAAACGUGGCACUUAGGUAUCACUGAUUGUUUAUAAAGCAUUGGGUGAGACAUCACUUAAUUCCCAGGAUGUGGAAAGAAAUUCCUCAGGUUCAGGUAGGAACAGGAUUAGGCUCAAAAGAUUCCUCAGAGCACCUUAAAUCCAUAGAAACCUGGUUUGUUCUGGGGUUAAAUAUUUGGGAAAACACCCCAAAACUUCCACUCUUUUUACAAGCUUUGUAGCAGCUUCAGACAUGCCCGAGAAAUAGGGCCCAAUGGAAGGUUGGAAAUGGGCCUCCAAAAUGUGCAGGCUGUGAGUCCAUUUUGAGGAACUCCCAUCAUUUGGGGGAUUUUCAGUGUGUGGAUACAAUUAUCCAUCACAUAAGAGCUUGGAAUUGUAUGUGGAAGGCAUUUUCAGAUGGGCUUUUAGGACUGCAGUAAACUUUCUCCUUAAUCUUGCCUUCCUUUUAUUGUUGCCUGGUCUGGCCAGGAAUCGUUCCUUAAUUCCAGGUGCCAGCUCUGUUUGCUCCAUCCCUGUCUCAAAGGGUAGGUUCUGGGAUUCAUGGAAAACUAGGGCUGGGGUUUAAGCUCAGAUUCACUCCAUGGUUUUCUUGAGGAGGUGGAGAUCACUCUGAGGUUUGAUUAAACAACCUCAGAGCUCUUCCCAACCCAGCAAUUCCAUCCGCCCCAAACACGCAGAAUGCCGCUGGCUGACGUGGGGAUCUCUUCAGCAGGGAGAAGGAAGAUGGAAAGCACCCCCGUCCUGCUGGAGUCCAAGUCCUCCCCCAUCAACCUGCUGAACGAGAUGCAGCAGCUGCGGCUGCUGGGCCACCUGUGCGACGUCACCGUCAGCGUGGAGUACCAGGGCGUGCGCGCCGAGUUCCCGGCGCACAAGGCCGUGCUGGCCGCCACCAGCAAGUUCUUCAAGGAGGUUUUCCUCAACGAGGAGCCCGUGGACGGCCCCCGCAGCAACGUGUUCCUCAACGAGGUGCGCGUGGCGGAUUUCGCCUCCUUCCUGGAGUUCGUCUACACGGCGCGCGUGGAGGUGGAGGAGGACAGGGUACAGCGCAUGCUGGAGAUCGCCGAGAAGCUCAAGUGCCUGGAUCUCUCCGAGACUUGCUUCCAGCUGAAGAGGCAGAUGCUGGAGUCCGUGCUGCUGGAGCUGCAGAACUUCUCGGAGUCGCAGAAUUCCGAGGAGGAGAGCGCCGCCUGCCCCGGCACCGUGCCCGCGGCCAAGGCCGAGCGGGACCCUCCGGAUUGUUCCGGAGCGUCUCCCGAGGGGCCGGCUGCCAAGGCCAAGGAGAAGGCGGACAAAAAGAAGGAAGUGCUGAAGGCUCCUUACACCAAGAUCCGCAGAGCGAGCGGGCGGCUGGCCGGCAGGAAGGUGUUCGUGGAGAUCCCCAAGAAGAAAUACACGCGGAGGCUGCGGGAGCAGCAGCGGAACGCCGAGGAGGAAAAGCAGCCCAAGGGCGAGGAGGGAGAGCAGGAGCAGGAGGAGAACUCCAGCAAACCCGAGGCGGCCUCCCAGGAAAACCCCGCCAAGGGCGAGGAGGAGGAGGAGGAGGAGGAGAAGAAGAAGCGCGGUGGCACCUUCAAGUGCGGCACGUGCCAGAAGGAGUUCCUGUACGAGAAGAGCUUCCUGAAGCACAUCCAGCAGAGCCACGGCAUCGCCUCGGCGCUGGAGUUCCGCUGCGAGACGUGCGCGCAGACCUUCGCCAACCGCUGCAACCUGCGCAGCCACCAGCGGCACGUGCACAGCAGCGAGCGCCGCUUCCCCUGCGAGCUGUGCGCCAAGCGCUUCAAGAGGAAGAAGGACGUCAAGAGGCACGUGCUGCAGGUGCACGAGGGCGGCGGCGAGCGCCACCAGUGCCACCAGUGCGGCAAGGGGCUCAGCUCCCGCACGGCGCUGCGGCUGCACGAGCGCACACACACGGGACACAAGCCCUACGGCUGCCCCGAGUGCCAGGCCAAGUUCUCACAGCCCUCGGCGCUGAAAACGCACAUGAGGAUCCACACAGGGGAGAAGCCCUUUGUGUGUGAUGAGUGUGGGGCCCGCUUCACCCAGAACCACAUGCUCAUCUACCACAGGCGCUGCCACACAGGGGAAAGGCCUUUUAUGUGUGAAACCUGUGGGAAGAGCUUUGCCUCCAAGGAAUACUUGAAACACCACAACCGGAUCCACACGGGAUCCAAGCCCUUCAAAUGUGAGGUUUGCUUCCGGACCUUUGCCCAGAGGAAUUCCCUGUACCAGCACAUCAAAGUCCACACAGGGGAGCGGCCGUACUGCUGUGACCAGUGUGGGAAGCAGUUCACGCAGCUGAACGCGCUGCAGCGGCACCACCGCAUCCACACCGGCGAGAAGCCCUUCAUGUGCAACGCCUGCGGCAGGACCUUCACCGACAAAUCCACCCUGCGCCGGCACACCUCGAUCCAUGAUAAAAACACCCCCUGGAAGUCCUUCCUUGUCAUCGUGGAAGGAGCUGCAAAAAAUGACGAGGGGCACAAAACGGAGCUUCCUGAUGAGGAAUACGAGGUGUCCCCCAAAAUCCCGGAGAAGCUGCUGUCCUUCCCAGAGAACAGCCCCUACCAGAGCCUGGCAGCAGUCCCGGGAAGUGGGAAUUCCAGCACGGACUGUAAGGCCUCUGGAGCACAGGAGUCCCUGCUGGGAGAGCUCACCGUGCUCCACACGCAGACGGACUCUGGGCAGCCCCAGCUCCAUGCCCUGGUGAACAUGGAAUAAUUUGGGAUUGCCUCCUGCUCCUUAGGCUGCACCCCUUGUACAGUCCUUGGCCUGAGGGAGGCUGGUGGUGGGAAGCUGGGAAAGAGUGGGUUUCCAGCUUUCCUCUGGAAAUUCCUUCCCCAGCUCCAUCUCCUGAUGGUCGGGCAGGGUGUCACCACACCAGGGAAUUUGUAGGAAUUCAGGGGGUGGCUCAGGUACCUUGGUGGUGCAGGUUUGUUUUCCAGGGAAUUCAAUGCCACAUGGACAAUCAGGAGAACCGAUGUUUCUCUAUGACAUUUGCUGUGUUUUCCCCAGUGGAAUUUCAUCCAGGAGAAGUCUGGCUAAAUUUGCUUUUCAGGAAACGUUGGUUUCUCUCUGCUUUUGCCAAAGAUCCCAACGAGUGGGAGCAGCUUUGGAGUUUCAUUCCAGGAGUUUGGAGUCUCUGAGCAGCAAAAAGGGGCAGGUGGCAGCCAAGUGCUAGUUCCUUGGUUUUACAAUUGCAGGGAAACUGGAGCAGUCUGGCACUUGGAUCCUGUCAGUUCUCACCUUCCAGCUGCUCCAGCUCCCAUGGAAUUUGGAGAACAAGACAUCUCCUAGAGCUGUGCUGGAAGGGGCUCAGUUCAGAGGCUUUUCCUGCUCCAUUUUUAGUGGAAUAGGAUUUGAGGGAUUUCCCCUGGGCAGGGAAGGAGCCUUGGAGUGUUGUUCCAGCUGGGCUGACUCCUGGUUUUUCAUAACAGCAGCUCAGUGUGCUAUGGUUUAAUGCUUCAAACCUUGGGAUGGACUUCCCAGUGUAAAAACCCAGUUUUUCCCAUUCUUUUUCCCAUUUUUUUGCCUGUUCCUGUAGUAUUCCCACAGCAGUUCCUCAGCUGAAGCUGUGAGCAGAACUUUGGGAAAGGUAAGCACAAUCCAGCCUGGUGAGAUCCAGCAAUAAAUACCCCCCCACACCUGUGGCACAGAGCUAUUUUUUGGGAUAAAGGGAUGGCAGAGGCUUUCUCAUAGAACUCUAAGAUAGAAGAAAAGGAAUUUUUGUACCAGAGGACAUUUCCAAGAGUUAUAUUUGAGAUAUUUAUUCCUGCUGGAGCUCAGUUAUUCCCAAUGGAAGGAAAGGGGUUGUAGAUAUAUUUAAGGGCUGAGCACUGGGAUCUGGAGCUGGGGAAUGUUUUGUAAGUGAGUUACUUGUUUGAGCUGUUCCUAUUAAAAUAUGGAAUAUGGAGACCUCCCAGUGACUCAGUCGUAUCCAAGUGGGACACUUUGGCAUAUUGACAGGCUUGGAAAGUUCACCUGGAGAAGAGAAGGUUCCCUGGAAACCCCAGAAGGAGCCUGCAAGGAAAAGCAUGAGGGAUUCUUCAUCAGGAAUUACAGUGACAGGACAAGAGGGAGGGAAUGACUUCCCAGUGAGAGAGGGGAAUUCAGGAGGGUUAUUGGGAAGGAAUUCUUCCCUAUGAGAAUGGGGGAGCCCUGGAAGAGUUUUCCCAGAGAAUCUGUGGCUGCCCCAUGCCUGGAAGUAUUCACAGGGAUUGGAGCAAGCCAGGAUAGUGGAAGGUGUCCCUUCCCACCCACACCAUUCCCUGAUUCCCAACAGG